AUGUCAGAGAGGGAAUCAUUAAAUAGUCAAUUGGAGCAUCUCCAAAUGAGAUAUGUUGGAACUGGUCAUGCUGACAUUUCCAAACAUGAAUGGUUAACAAAUCAACAUAGAGAUUCACUUUCAUCUUUUAUUGGACACUCUUCAUUUUUAUCAUUAUUUUCUAUAGCUGAAAAUGAAUCAGUUGGUCGUGUCAGAUAUAAUACUUUAACAAAAAUGAUUAGCCCAUGUGGACCUGCACCAAAAAUUAAAGAUAAUACAAUGGAUAAAGAAGAAAAGAAUGAUUAA